AAACCCCGAACGAAGCUUCUUUUCCGCCAAGUCCUUUCUUUGUUGCUUUAUUUUGUUGUUUGCUGCAUUUUUGAACUUCAGUCGCAACAAGUGUCAACAUCCGUCGCAUCGCAUCGCAUCACUCUCUACGUCGCGCACAGGGACAUUACUAUACACACACAUACGAAACCAAUACCGACGAACGCACCAGAAAGAAAACAAGAAACAAAAAGGAAACAUGACUUACACACAACAACCUCCCGCCAACAACACCAUGACCGUCGUCGAGGAGCCUGAGCCCGCGCAUGUCUCGGCCAGCACGAAACCAGGCGAUAUCGAGAUGGCGCAGCCUGGUGUUGCGCAGCCUAUGGACCCCAUGCGCCCCCAUGACGACUCCACCAUUGGCCUUCGCGGCGGUGAUCGCGGCGGGAUGUGUCCUGGCCGCUUCUGCUUCUGCAUUCCGUGCCCGAUACCGUGCGAUUGCUGCUUUAUUCCUCUUUAAUCGAGACGGAAGACGACUGCCUGAGGUCUAAGCAGAUGAUGAUGCAGAGGUGACGAUACAUACGAUGAUGGAAAGAAAACGAGAUGAAGGAGUUGUUUAAUGAUGGAUGGAUGGAUGGACGAUGGAUGAUGGAUGAUGGAUGAUAAUGUUGAUGAUACCACUACGCUUUUCUUGUUUUGUUGCUGUUUUUCUGGGGAUGGAGGAGGGGAUGAUGGGUUGAUGUUGGACGAUUGCCGAUAGGUGGUUGGACUUGGAGUUCUGGUUCGUACCAGCGCAUUCGUGUGUCCAACGAGUCACGACUUUGUUUUUUUCUUUUUCCUAUGGAGAUAUCUUCGUUGAUAGUCUCAAAGUAAUGACGGUUGGCUGGGACGGAUGUACGAACUCUUUUGUCUUCACACGAACACAAGAACAGGAGAAGCAGUGAACGCUCAGCUUGACGACUAGUAAUGAUAGGGAACGAACAUACAGAGAUUUUCUCCUAAG